GUGCGCGGCGGCGGCGGCCCCCCUCGCCCCAUCCCCGCUGCCUGCCUGCGCAGCUCCCCGGCGGCGGGACGCCCGCUUUCCGCGACAUGGAGGCUUGUUUGACCAUACGUCACACAAUGCAUGUUCGAAAGUAAAGGAAAGAAAACUACAAGGGACUUCUUCUGUUGGUCGAGGAAACUUUGGAAAACCAUGUUUGAGUGCGCAUAGUUACAGUUCACCAUUUUUUAAUCCCCGGAAUGGUUUUCACACGAUACAUUCGGAGCAUAGCCCUGUGAAGCCAAGGAUUGUUACCGUGGUGAAGCCUGGUGGACACACACUCAGAAAGAUAACUUUGCUUCUGAACAGGAGAUCAGUCCAGACUUUUGAACAGCUGAUGGCUGACAUUUCAGAAGCUCUGGGAUUUCCACGCUGGAAGAAUGACCGUGUGAGAAGGCUUUACAAUCUGAGAGGUAGAGAAAUCCGAAGCGUUUCUGACUUCUUCAGGGAAGGUGAUGCCUUCAUAGCUAUGGGAAGAGAGCAGCUCACUUUGAAGAAUCUAGAACUGGUAAUACAAGAACUUUAUCCAGAUAAUCCGUAUGCUGUCAAUGCAAUUCAGCAAAAUGAGGAGCAGUCCCAAAAACUGAAGAGCAGGCUGUAUGACAAGGCUUCAAAAGUGGAUAGUGGCUUUGAUGAGACAGAAGUUGCCAAGAACUGCAGUGAUGCUGUGUCUCCCAAACUGAUAGCCAGACGUGAAGGAAAAAGUCAAGCCAAGACAAGGCAAGAGGAAAAAUUGAGAACCAAAAAAAAAUGGACUAGAGAAAGUUGGGAUGGUGAACAAGGGGUGAAGCCUAGAAAAGCCCGAGAAGGCGAGAGGCACUGUAACGAAGAGAAAAGUCCUGAGAAAAGAGUAGAAGAGAGUUCAGAAGAAGUUAUGAGAUGUGAGAAGUGUGAACGGGAGAGGCAGGCCAGAGAAAAGUUACAAAGGGAAAGGCAGGCUGAGACCUCAUUUGAGAACAGAGACCUCAACACAGGUACAUGUCAGAAGUACCAUGUAGAAAGAAAUGCAAAAGUCAGGAAUUGUCGGAAUUCUUCAGAAAUUCCCCUGGAAGCUGAGGAGGUUGGACUGAAGGAUGAUGGCUGUAGGAGGACCUGGAAGCACUUAUAUAGGAACAUUAACAAAGAGCUGGAAAAACAAAAAUGGAGCAUUGAGAAGGAAAGAGGUCUAGAGAGGCAUGAAAACCAUGAGAAAGAAGUAGUAAAAAUCAAGAAGAAUGUUGUAGAAGCAGGGCAGGUAGUUCAUGAAGUGAAGGAAGGGAAAGGAAGUUGCUGUGUAACUAACCAAAGUGGUUGGUUAAUGAAAGAUACUCCAAGAGAUGCAGAGAAACCACCAAAAACACACAGGGAGGGCAGAGAGGGGCAAAGGACUAAAGAGGAAGGUGCCAGAAGAGAGGGGGAUAUCCUACAUAGGGAGAGUUAUGUGAGACGACCUGAAAAAGCGGGAGGGCGCAGAAUGAAUACAGAGGCAAACAAGGCUCAGGGACUGGAAAACACAAGCCGGAGGCAUGCUAUUAAAAGCAGAAGCGAUGUGGAAAAACACUAUGAGAUUGGCAGGACCAUUGGGGAUGGGAACUUUGCAGUGGUGAAGGAAUGUCGCCACUGCAUCUCCCAUGAGAUCUAUGCCAUGAAAAUUGUUGAUAAGUCCAAGCUGAAGGGGAAGGAGGACAUGAUGGAAAGUGAGAUUCUGAUCAUCAGGAGUCUUUCUCAUCCCAAUAUAGUAAGCUUAAUUGAAGUGUAUGAGACGGAGUCUGAGAUUUAUCUUAUCCUGGAGUAUGUCCCAGGUGGGGACUUAUUUGAUGCAAUCAUAGAAAGCGUGAAGUUCACAGAACAUGAUGCUGCUGUCAUGAUCACUGACCUGUGUGAGGCAUUGGUUUAUAUUCACAGCAAAAACAUUGUUCACAGAGAUCUCAAACCAGAAAAUCUUUUGGUCCAGCAUAAUGCAGAUAAAUCUACUACACUGAAACUGGCAGAUUUUGGCCUUGCAAAGCAGGUUACGAAACCCAUAUUUACUGUCUGUGGAACACCAACGUAUGUUGCCCCUGAAAUACUUGCUGAGAAGGGUUAUGGGCUUGAAGUUGAUAUGUGGGCAGCUGGUGUGAUCCUUUACAUUCUCCUCUGUGGUUUUCCCCCUUUUCGCAGUCAGGAACGUGAUCAAGAAGAGCUGUUUCAGAUCAUAAAACUGGGUCAUUAUGAGUUCCUUUCCCCGUACUGGGACAGUAUUUCUGCAGCAGCAAAAGACCUCAUAACCAGGCUGUUGAUAGUGAAUCCCCAAAAGCGCUACACAGCACGACAAGUACUUCAGCAUCCUUGGAUCAGAACAGCUGGAAAAACUAACAACAGAAAUUUGCAAAGGGAAGUGACAAAAAAUAUUGAGCGGCAUUUCCGGACCCAGCGCCGCAAGGAAGCUGCAGAUGACACCUGAAGUCUCUUCAAACUAAUCUAGUCUUAUUUUGGGGGGGAGGGGGGAUUAAUUGAUUACUUUCAUUUUCUUUUCUAAAUGAAUUGGGUCUUUACAGUUAUUGCAGGCCAUUGCAAGGUGUUUUUUGAUUUUGAGCCUCUGGAGAAGGACAGGAAUCAAAUUCUAAUCUACUUCUCUGAUGUCAGUUGGGAGUCUUGCUGUUGACAUCACUGGGGACUGGAUAUUUUCUGGAAGGUGUCCUUUAUUAAAUACUGAUUAGGGCUUUUACAUUACAAAAUUAUAUCAUUUAUAGGCGACAAAUGUUUGCUUCUACAGCCAACAUUAGUGAUGACAGUAAGGUGUUUUCUCUUUCUCUCUUUGUGUAAUACCUUCUAGGAGUUUUGUUUAUAGUAUUGUCAAAAUGGCUGUCUGUGUACACAUCCUGAACUAAUCUUCUGAACUGUUUUUCAUCAAUUCCUAAGAGCAAUGAAGAAGGUGAGGGAAUAAAACAAUAAAUAAAUAUAUCCUUUAGCUGUAGGAUAUGUUAAGUAAAUAGCAAGAUACUACUUAUUAAGCUGUGAGAGAAGAAAAAUAUAGACAAAAUCAAAUAUUUUAGAUUAUCUCCCUUGGUAGCAUCUUUCAUUAGAUGUUCUCAGAGACAGGGCAAUAGACCGUACCAUGUUUGUUAAAAUAUGGUAGUUUCUGUGUAGUGUGAUAGCUUUAUAUAUCUUUCAGAAGAGAUGGAAAGAUGACAUGGGUGAUGUAUUUUCAGGACUGUAAUAAUAAUACCUUGCAAAAGGCUUUUCCAGCUCUGUGAAAUAAAAAGCUGGGCAGUUUCUUUUUUUUCUUUUCUUUUCUUUCCUUUCUUUUUAUGAAGGUGCAUGUAUGGCGUUAUUACCCCCACUUUUUUUUUGGUAUUUGGUUUCUUCUUGGGAGCCAUCCAUAUGAAUCUGACUCCUCUAUGCUGAUGGAGAGGAGAAAACUAGGAAGUUGCUUUUGUGACUUUCUCAUGUUUGCUCUUACCUUUAUGAUUCUCUUUCCAUCAGCACGCUUGGCAGCUGAAUUGCUUUUAUACACUUUAUUGGUUUAGUUUACCAACUUCUUUUUUUCUGUUGCCUCCCAAGGGAACUUUUUCUCAUUGUUUAUGUGAGAAUGGGCAAUGGAAUGAAAUUACAUUAAACUCAGGAAAAAACAACUUCUUGUUUUUCUGUGGAAAAGUCUCCUGGGAGAAAUGUCAGAUACUUCAUUGCUUAUGUUAUUUAUAAUUGAAUUGGAUAGCGUUUUAAAGAAAUCUUUGGGGAAAAUUCUAGUCCUGAGAAUGCAUGACCUAGAACAGCUUUUGUAUCUUGGAAUUUUUGGUUAACUAAUCAAAACUGAAAAGCACAUUUGUCUAUUUUAUAAUACUUUGUCCGUGAGUUUCGUAUGUCAGUAAAUGAUACUAACAUUAAAAAUACCAGUAGUGUUAGUGUUGAAUUCAUAGCUCAUAGAAAUGAAUAAGGUUAUUUUACAGUUGCAGAGCUGCUGUUCUGUAUAUGUAUUUCAUAGUGAGGGAGGUCAGAAGCAUUUUGGAAUCAGAAGUAGGUUUUCAUAACUCUAUGAACCAGAGCAUUAUUUUUAUUGAAUGAUAUAAUUGUGUAACCUUUCUGAAUUACCAAAAAAUGUGAGUACUGCCAUUGUGUUUCUGUUUCAACUUGUUAUUAUUUUCAAGCAAGAAUGAUGCUUGAAAGUAGAGACGACUUAUUUCUAAAUGAAGAAUUGCACUUUCAAUUAACUGGCUCAUUUUUAAUGCAUAUUGGAUUAAGACUUGCUGUGGAAUCCAACUAUUCAUAAAACAACCGUCAAAUCUUUA